AUCUCUGGUUGGUUUGGGACAAGAAGAGACACAAGUGUCCCCUCCCAUAGAGACCAUGAUUUUAGAAAACGAUCAGGGAUUCUUUGGAGCCUCUAAGACGGUCCGCAGCCCUCGCCCCCCGUAUGUGUUCCUGCGAGUCGGGGAGGUGGUGAUGGAGAGGAGGGGUCACAUGGUCGGGGUGGUGGUGAGCUGGGAUGCGGAGAUGCGAGCUCCUCCUGAAUGGAUCAACCGAAUGUUUUCCAACUCGGAGGACAUAAAGGCAGAGAAGACGCCGCAUUACAAAGUGCUGUUCGGCGGACCYGGACCCUCCUCUCUGAUGGUGGCGUACCUGCCUCAGACGCAGCUUGAGCGCGUCACGGGGAUGAGGCCGGACAUCCCCACCCUGGAGAACUACUUCACGCAUUUUGACGGGACCCGGUUCRUCAUGAAGCCGUGGCUCAGGGAGCUCUUUCCAGAGGACGAGAACRAAGACGCUUGACUGCUAACGCUUAAAGACUAUUCUACCUUCAUCCCUGCUCGAUGUUCUCAGACUGCACGACUGUUACUUUCCUCAGACAAUCACUAACUUCAGCGURCCAACGUUUGUCCUUUUUGGGACAUUUUGUGAAUGUUCUUUGGGGAUUUGGAGACUCUACGACUUGAAAGUUUGCCCACAUAGUAUUUAAUUCAAAUUUGUCUCAACUUUUAUGAACGUUUAAAGAACUUAAAAUGUUUUAAAGGAAAUGCUUGAAAUCCACUUUUUAAAAUGACCUUUGUGGGACAGUCUUGUAUGGGGCACCAAUUGUGAAAUGAAAUGUUAAAAGUAUUUAACAUUUACCUCACUGUUCUUAAAUUUAACUGUUAAAUUUAAA